GCGGGGCUUGCUGGGAUCAUGGCGGAGAACCACUGCGAGCUGCUGCCGCCGGCCCCGAGCGGCCUCGGGGCGGGGCUGGGGGCCGGCCUGUGCCGCCGCUGCAGCGCGGGGCUCGGCGCCCCGGCCCAGCACCCCGGCGGCGUGUCCAAGUGGGUCCGGCUCAACGUCGGCGGCACCUACUUCCUCACCACCCGGCAGACGCUGUGCCGGGACCCGAAAUCCUUCCUGUACCGUCUGUGCCAGGCCGACCCCGACCUGGACUCGGACAAGGAUGAAACUGGUGCCUAUUUAAUCGACAGAGACCCCACCUACUUUGGGCCCGUGCUGAACUACCUGAGACACGGGAAGCUGGUCAUUAACAAAGACCUCGCAGAGGAAGGAGUGCUGGAGGAAGCGGAAUUUUACAAUAUCACCUCACUAAUAAAACUUGUAAAGGACAAAAUUAGAGAACGAGACAGCAAAACGUCGCAGGUGCCGGUGAAGCACGUGUACCGGGUGCUGCAGUGUCAGGAAGAGGAGCUCACACAGAUGGUGUCCACCAUGUCUGACGGCUGGAAGUUCGAGCAGCUGGUCAGCAUCGGCUCUUCCUACAACUACGGGAGCGAAGACCAGGCCGAGUUCCUGUGCGUGGUCUCUAAGGAGCUGCACAACUCCCCGUACGGCACCACCAGCGAGCCCAGUGAGAAAGCCAAGAUUUUGCAAGAACGGGGUUCAAGGAUGUGAGAACACAGUGUUGACAGCUGAAGAAACAUUUUAUCUUGUCCCAAGUUGCGACGAUCUGCCAUGUGGAAGAAGCUUGGCCGUGAGAAGAAACCUGCGUUUGACAAUUUCUCUGUAGAGAUUUGGGUGUGGAUCCUUUUUUGCCUCGAGGUGGGCGGUGAGAGACGGGACCAGCUGUCUGAAGCCAGGCGUCCCCACUUGGAGGAGGCGUGCUGGCCAGGUGGGUGUCCCCACAGGGCCCUCCGUGAGGCAUUCCCCGGGCUGCAUGGGCCUGAGGCAGGAUACUUCCAGCCAACCCCUGUAAUCACCGAAGGUCAUUUAAAGGACAGCGCUCUUGGUGCUAACAUAAACAGUCUGUGACGGAGCCUGGGCCUUACUGGUAGGAAGUGGCCGCAGCGCUGUGGCCCCAGGCUCUGGGUGCCUGCUGGUCACCCACACGUGCACCAGGCCCUGGUCCUCGGGUCAGGGAGUCCGCUCAGCCUCCCCAGCGGAAGUGGUUGGCGGUUUGCACCCCUGGCGGGUGGCUCCUGAGAGAGACGGCCUCCACAUGUUCACUACUUCCCGGGCCUUGGCCCCGAGGCCCAGCCUCCAUCUGAGCCAGGCUCCCCAGCCUGACCCCGCCUGGAACAGUCGAGGCUUCUCCACUUGUAUUUUCCAGGCCAGAGAACUUUGCAUCCCUUCUUCCCCAGUGUGGACGGACUACCCUGCGUUUUUACUCCUUAGAAAUGGCUACAAGUGUUGCCGAAUUUGGGACUGAUGUGUGAAGUCAUUGACAGGGACGGAGCAGUUUGUGUGGUAUGGCCUGGCCGCGGGCCUGUGGCGGAGCUGCCACCCGUCAGUGCCUUUGUCUCGCCUGGGAUGGAGGUCGGGGCGGGAGGCCUGUCCACCUGGCUUCCGGAGCGGAGACUCCAGGUCACUCUGAAAACCGGAUGUUUACACAAACCUCUCCCUCUUGCCGGCUCGCUCCUUUUCUUUGUCUAACUAUGCAGUUCUCUCUGGGGUUUGGGGUGUUUGAGACUCCGGCGACCCGCACGGGCUCUGCCCGUGGGACGUGACGUUGGAGCGACUGGGAUCCCUGUAAACAGCGCUGCUCGCAUGCUUUGAGGACAGAUCUUUCCUAGCUGUUGGGGGGCUGUCAGAGCCCGGUGGGGGGCUUGGCUCGGAUGAGCAGCUGUCUGCUUCCUCGCCAGGGCCGCUGUGCGCUCUGACUGCCGCCAAGCAGGGCGGAGGCCUGGGCGUGCGUAGUUUCCAGUGCUUCCGGAGGCUUCUUUGCCUGUGCCCCCUUCUUUGCCAAUAACCUGAUUAACCAAGUUCUCCGGCACCCAGCACUUACCUCCUCCUUUCUGUAAGGUCUCUUGUACGUUGUUAAAUGUUUGGCUUCAAAUUCAUCGCAGCCUUUCUAGAGGGCACGUUUAGGACUUGGCGACCCAGCCCCUGCUGAGCUCGGGGCGGGCACAGUCCCUCGUCGGCCUUGGGCUGUACCUGUGGGCGCCGCUGCCCAUGCAGCGUUGCUUGGUCUGGGACCUUGAUGUAAUAGAUAGGCUUGUGGUUUUUUAAUUUAAAGAUAUUAAGACUUAAUUCACUAAACUUUAUUCUAAGGGGAUAUUUAUACUUUUAUACUUUUUUAGGUAUCCGUAUUUUAUCAGCUUACAGUUUAAUGCCUAAGUUUCCCCUGAAAAUAGCAAAUAAAAUUGUGUAUUUAUGAAUGAGAACAACUGUAAGUGUCUCAGA